GAUCUUCGCACAGAAAGAUAUUAAAUGGCCUAGAUUUUGUUCCACGAUGGCAGUGAAAUCAUUUUCCAAAGAACAAUUGAAUUUCUUUAAGUUUUCUACGCUUGUUCUUGAUGAGUUUCCCAAGGUGUUGCGUCAAAUUUUUAUCACCAUGUGGGAUAGCAAGGUUACUGUAAGACCAGGAUUCAUUCCAUGGGAUGACAGUAUCACGGUACGGAACAUGCUUCUUAAAUCUGAAGGUGGUAAAACAGAUAUACCAACUACGAAAUCAAUUGAGGAGUGGGACUGUACAGCUUUGUUUAAAGCAACAAUCUAUGCCAAAACAUUUGGUGUUCCAAGCAGCAAGGGAUCAACUUUGAAUGAUUUAUAUUUAAAGAAAGUUAAACCACCUUCUGUUUCUUUUCAUUCAUCAGUUCAAAGUUCAACAGGAAAUCAAGACGAGACCUACGCCUUGGCAAUUGACCAACUGCGAUUAUUGAGAAACACUCUUUGCCAUUCGCCAAAACCUGAAAUAAUUAAAACUGAUUUUGAUAACUAUGUACAAUUGGUAACCAACGCUUUAGUAGCAGUUAAUGUUGAUACCGUUUUUGUUGAUACUAUUGGUCAAAUGAACGAGGAUGAUUUCCCUACAGGGAAAGUUCAAGAAUUACAUGAAUGUCUUUUGAAUGAGUUACGAGCCAACAGUGUGUUUCAUGAGAAUAUGGAGUAGAAGUUGUCUUCUAUUGAUGAACGAACCGAAAAAAUAGAGAAUUCGGAGGAGAAUAUGCAGCAGAAAUUGUCCUCUAUUGCUGAACGAACAGAAAAAAUAGAGAAUGUGGAGGAGAAUAUGCAGCAGAAGUUCUCCUCUAUUGAUGAACGAACAGAGAAUGUGGAGGAGAAAUUGGUCUUUAUUGAUGAACGAACAGAUAAAAUUCAUACAAUGAUGAAAAAUAGCAGUUUUGUAGGGAAGAGAAAUCUACCAGGUAACCUUAUUCAGACAACGUUUGUCUGCUAAUUAAUAAAAGGUUGUCAUUAAUAUUAGGGGCCAUUCACAAAGGAUGUCCGGCCAAAUGAUGGAUUUUCAGACCCCCCACCCACCCUUGUCCGGCAUUGUCCGAAUUGGUGACCCCUCCUCCCCCCCCGGACAUCCGCCAUGCCUCGCAAAAACUCACGCGACCUUGUAUAUGUCAAGAGUAAAAACUUUUUUUACUUUUAGAACUUUUUUAUAACUAUAAAUGUAAACAUAUAAAUUACCAAUUAAACCAAAAUCUAGUAUUAACCGCAUAGUCAAAAUGCCAAUUUCACAAUGGAAAGGAGAGUUCAAAAUAGAGGAAAAAGAAAUUUGUUUUUGAAUUUUUUUAAAAUGUCGGACAUCCGGAUUGCUAAAAACUCCCCUCCCCCCAUGUCCGAGUUUGUCCUGAUCCCCCCCCCCCUCGGCUCGGACAUCCUUUGUGAAUGGUCCCUUAGCAGGAACCUCGUAUUUAGCGCGGGAAAAUUGCUUUAAUUAAAAUCAUAUCAUUAAACCUAGAAACAUUACCCAAGCCAUAUGUUCCAAGCCCUGUUCCAUUCUUUACUGGUAGAGAAGAUGAAAUUGAAGAAAUUACAAACCUUAUAACUGGCCAAUCAACACGACUGUUAAACAUCUGGGGAUCUCCUGGAUUUGGUAAAACAUCAACCGCUAUUGAAGUUGCACGCCAUCUUUUGUCUCUCAGCUGCCCUGUGUAUUUUUUUAAAUUGCAGGGUAUUGGAACAGUAGAUGGAUUUUUAUCUAAAAUUUUAAGUAUUUUUAAGAGUAAUUUAGCAGAUCUUAGUCUAAAACCUAUAGAUAAGAUAGUAAGUAUUUUUAGAGAAAUUUCGUCUCGGAUUUUUCUUAUAUUUGAUAACCUUGAUGAUCUUCUGUUGGCUGAAAGCAGUAAUCUUACAUGUUUAUUUGAAGAAUUGUUGGAUAGUAAUGUUAACAUCAAUGUAGUUUUUACAACGAGGGAGUUUUUAGAAAAUAUGCGCGACCAAAUAAGGGGUUUUCAAGACAUCAGAAUUCGACCCCUUCAUCCAAUUUCGUCUGUUCAAUUUGUCCGUCAAAUUCUUCCUUCAUUUUCUGAAAGCGUUGUUGCAAAUGUGGCUAGAAUUUCUUCCCAUGUUCCUCUGGCUAUGAGACUCGUUGCUUCGUUAGUUGAGUACAACACGGAUGAUAUGGCAAAUAAGAUACUUGAUGAAUUAAGUCUUUCCGGAAAUAUUUUAGAGAUAGACAGGUCAUACGAGCAAAACAUGAAAAGGUUAUUCGAGACUCCUUUUGAGCAGCUGACUUUAAGUGACAAACACGCGCUGAUUUCUUUAACCGUGUUUUCAUCCGGUAGAAUAAGUAAAGAUGCUGCAGUUGAUGUUAUUUCUGAUGAAAUUGGACUUGUGAAAGCUCUAGGGAUCCUUAAAACACUUGUGAAGAAAUCACUAAUUGAUGAAAAUCCCUGUGGAGAAUAUUACUCUAUUCACCCUCUCAUUCAUUCUUUUGUUGUAGAUAAAGCAGAAGAAAGAGAUUUUGAGAAUGUCUUCGAAUCCUCUAGAAUUCGCUAUUGUAGGUAUUACUUUCUUUUUUUUGAAAGGAUUAAUGACGAUUUUCUUUCUGGGAAGUCGGUGGACACUCCCCAACUGCAAGACACAAUGGAGCAUCUGCCGAUUGCCAUUCAUUAUUUUAUGACAAGCACAUGUAGUUCGGAAAGUUCCGAAGAUCUUUUUCGCAUCUUAUCUAAGGCCGAAAUAUUUCUUUUUCUUGUUGGUUUACCCUCCGGUGAAUCGCUAGAUAUUUCCGAAUUGUAUGAUUUUGCUAUAGAAAAAUGCAGCACACAGCAAAACAAUUACGCUUACUCAAAGUUGCACGUCAGCAAAUAUUUUGAAAGUAUUGCAUGUGCACUGUUACCUUCGAAGUUUGAGUAUUUAGAAUUACCUAGGCCUGAACAUAUACGUGCAGACGUCAUGUUGUUAUUGGAUGGUAGUGCAGCAAAAUUAGGCUGUUAUGAAGGAAUUUCACUUAUUUAUAAAGGACAUAUAAAGUCAGGUAUUGAAUGUAUUGAAAAACAUGUCGAUGGUUUACAAAAUUGCGCUGAUCAACAACUUAUAAAAUGCUUAUGCCUGCAGCUUCUUGCUCUGUUUUAUACCGAUUUAAAAGAGUGCAGCAAAUCGAGCCAGUUCAGUAGAGAGGCCAUCGAGGUUUGUAAAGAAAUUGGUAACUACAAUCUCUUUUUAAUUGGUGAGUGUGAGGGAACUUUAUAUAUGACGCAAAAGGAAUAUAAAGGCGAGCAAUUAAUAUUAUUUGUCUAUCUAUUAUAUAUGUGGUCAAAAGAUAUUUUAAAUGACGAGACACAACUCUACUUUUCAAACUUUGUUCAUCAGUUAGAACAGCAGCUAGAAAAUAAGGCAUUCAAUGCUUUACAAUAUUUAUUUAAGAUUUUCAUAUACGGUGAUUCUUUUUUAGCCUUGGGUGUUGGUGUAGGACAAGAAAGUCUUUUCCAAGAAAAGAUUACGUUUCUAAAAAAGUCAGUGAUGUCUGAUGAUUAUUUUUCUUUGACAGACAGAACAGCUCCGAUCAUGUCGGAGAUGUCUUCGACUUUGUCUCCUCCGCGAUUGAUUAAUUGCUACACUUUUCAAAUGAUCAUGGACGAUAGAGAAAAUAAAAAAGGUCCUAGUGUUAUCGACACAUGCCGUAACGUGCUUGAUCUUUCACUUAAGCAAUAUGGUGAAAAACAUCUGAAUACGGCGUUCUGUUACCUUAGAAUUGGCUUGGCUGAGAAUAAGGCUGAGAAUUAUAUUUCUGCCUGUAAUGCAUUUGAUCAGGCUCUUGAAAUUAUGACUGUCAUUUAUGAUGAGAGCAGCAGCAGUGAUCAUGUUUUAGCCGAUGUUUAUAUCGGCAAAGGAGAGGCGUGUCAAUGCUUGAACAAAUUCGAAUCCGUUGUAUUUUUUGAAGAAGCUCUUAGAAUAAAAAGGAAAUUGUGCGAUGAAGGUACUGAAGAAAUCGCCCGUAUCUUAGUUUUGCUUGGGCGUUCGCAACAGUGUUUCGAUGAUUUCUCCUCUAGUCUUGCAACAUUUGAACAGGCUCUGCAAAUAUGGAAGAAAUUGUACGCUGAGAAGCCAAGCUCCAGUGGGUAUAUGUAUGUAGUUGAAUGUUACUGUAGUAUUGGAAAGGUGCAAAACGCUCUUGGCAACAACACUGAAAGUAUAAAAUCUUUCAAAACUGUACUUGAAGUUAGCUCGGUUUGCGACCAAGAUCGUUCAAUUGUACAAAGUUUUAUAAGUUUUAUUAGUUUGGAUCUUUUAGAUUUGAGGGUAGAUGAGAACAUGUAUAUGGAAUUGUUGGAAAGUAAUUUACGGGUGCUCAAGGAAAAUUGUAGGCCGCUCUUGCCUACAUUGUAUUUCAGAUUAGGUUCAAAACAAGUUGAGUCAGGGAAGUAUAAAGCUGGUCUAGCGUUCUUUCUAGAAGCUCUUGACUUUGAGUUAGAGAUCAUACUGAGAAGCGAUUUUGCCAAUCGAGAGUUGACGGUUUCAUGCUACAUUGCCAUGGUUGUAACUUUAGCUAAUAUUGGAAAGUUUAAAUUGGCGAGUAAGGCAGUUGAGAGAGCAACACAAGUAGCAGAAUCACUUCCUGAAGGUACACAACAUCUUUGGAUAUUUCGAUGUUAUACGUGGAAGGGUCGCAUUCAAAACGAAAUGCGAGAAUAUAUUACAGCAAUUGAGUCCCUUAAACACGCACUUCUGCAGUUUCCAAAAAUUUGUCAUGAAUCCUGUGAUAAAUUUGAAGAAUUUGAGUGUCAUAGGGCGAUAGCAGCAGCUCAUGUCUUUGUUGGAUCGUAUAAAGAUGCGCUUACGUCUUUGUAUGACGCAUUGUCUGUCACUAAAUGUCGUUUUCCUGAGGGAAGCGUAGCUGAAGCUGAUGUAUAUGUCGCUGUGGCCAAAGUCGCACAAGAAAUGAAAAACAAAACUUUAGAAGUGAGUAAUUUGCGUUUGGCGUAUAAGAUGUGUUCAAAAGUUCUGGGAGAAACUCACUCCCAAACAAAAGUAAUCUACAUUGCAUACGCCAGAGCUCUUAUAUGUCUACGUUAA